UUUCAGUGAGGCUCUCUCUCUCUCCCUAUGUCUCUGAAGUGAAUAUUCUAAACGCCCCUUCCUAUAAACUACAACCCCCAAAAUGCAACAGGAAGGCAGAGACUGCGUUUAUAAAGCGACCGUUUUAAGACUGUAAAAGCCAUAAGCUCACCUAGGAGGAUGAAUGGGAGGCCUCCGUCGUCUCUGACGUCACGAAGGCGAGGGCAGCACUCAUUUUAGGGGGGAAAUGGAAGGGAGGAACACGCAUGCGCAUUUUGUUUCUUCGGGCAGAUAAUGAUGGCGCCAUGAUACGUUGGGGGGGCAAUGCGCAUGCGCGUUUUGGUUUUUCGUGUGAGGAGGAGGAGGAGGAGAAGAAGGGGUUCAGGUUGAGGGUCGUUUUCCUCUCAGGCUGCCAUUACGCUCCGCACCCAGACUGAGCUUCUGGAGAACCGAAGGGCGGUUUCCUUUGUGCGCUUUGGACCCCGGAGUGGUCGACUUUCUCCUCAAAGGGAAGACAGUACCAUGGAGGCCCCUCCUGUCACAAUGAUGCCAGUCACUGGUGGUACCAUUAACAUGAUGGAAUAUUUACUUCAAGGGAGUGUUUUGGACCAGAGCUUGGAGAGUUUCCUCCAUCGACUCCGUGGCCUAUGUGACAACAUGGAGCCUGAAACCUUUUUGGAUCAUGAGAUGGUGUUCCUCCUGAAGGGCCAGCAGGCCAGCCCAUUUGUCCUCCGCACACGGCGCUCCAUGGACAAACCUGGCACGCCUUGGCAUUUGCGGUAUCUUGGGCAGCCAGAAAUGGGAGACAAAAACCGUCAUGCCUUGGUACGCAACUGUGUUGAUAUUGCCACUUCUGAGAACUUGACAGACUUCCUGGUGGAGAUGGGGUUUCGUAUGGACCAUGAAUUUGUUGCCAAGGGGCAUGUAUUCCGCAAGGGCAUUAUGAAGAUUGUGGUAUACAAGAUCUUCCGCAUCUUGAUCCCAGGAAAUACUGACAACAUUGAGCCCUUGUCUCUUUCCUACCUUGUGGAGCUCAGCAUUGUAGCACCAGCAGGACAAGACAUGGUUUCUGAUGACAUGAGGAGUUUUGCUGAGCAGCUCAAGCCUUUAGUUCACUUAGAAAAAAUUGAUCCUAAAAGGUUGAUGUGAGUGGUUAACUGCACCUAAGCCUAGAUUCAUUUUGUUACUGAGACAGAAAGAUUUAUGAAAGCUUUGGUCAGUGCAGACAGGCUUAUUUGGUUCAUAUUUCCUUACAGAAGGCAAAAUUAGCCUGGUCUGAUUGGCCUCAUGCUGAUUCACAGACAGAUUAUUUUCUAGUGAUUCCAAAUUAAGAAGGUGAUCAGCACUGUUAGCAAUAUUGGAUUCUGUAUUUUAUAUCAGAAUUUUGGUCAGAUUUUCAGUACACAAGAUUAAGCAGAACCAUUUUUCCUUCCCAUUUUCAGAAUCAGCACAGUGGUUCAUAUAACUCAAACUAUUUUGUGGUGAACCAUUUCUUGGAAUUUGUAUUUUGUAUGCAGAAGCAUAUUAAAUUUGCAUUUGUUAAGGAAAGUUAUUUGAA